AUGGGUGGGUGCAUUGGAUCGCAGAGAGACAAUGGCCCACCCUCUGGUGAAUCGUCGGAUGUUACGGGGAUGGUUCAACAUGUGUCAGUUGGAAGAAAUCAGCCUCUGAAGCCAGAAAAACCCAAGUGGAAGAGUGAUGUUCCUUUAACAGAUGGCCAGCUUCGAAGCAAAAGAGACGAGUUUUGGGACACAGCACCAGCUUUUGAUGGAAGAAAGGAGAUUUGGGAUGCACUGAAGGCAGCCUCCUAUGCCUUAGAAACAGGGGACCAUGCGUUAGCACAGGCUAUUGUUGAUGGGGCUAGUAUAUCGUUACCACAUGGCACUCUAAUGGAUUGCUAUGAUGAACUGGGGAACCGGUACCAACUUCCUCAUUAUGUCUUAAGCGCACCUGCGAACCUGAUUGAAGAUGUUAGUGAAAACGACACAGCUCCUGACCCAGAAGCAAAUUCUGUGCCUGGUGUAGAACAUCCCAUCCGAUUCCGACUGUCGACUCUCAGUCAUGAUAUCAAACUGCAGGUUUGCUCCACCGACACCAUCCUGAAGGUCAAGAGACGUCUUUCAGAGAUGCAGGUUGGAGUGGAACCAGAGAGACAGAGGUGGUUUUAUGCAGGACGUUUGCUCAAUGAUAAAUUACGUAUUGAAGAUGCGAAGAUUCCCAAGAACCAUGUGGUUCAGGUUAUAGUCUCACUACCCAGACCGGAAACCGGAAGUUGA